AUGGCGAUAUUAUCAGGAUCGACCAGCUCUGAGACAAUAUUCGCUUUGUUCAUACUUUCUUUUGCACCCGUGAAGAAAAAUCUAUCAUCAAGACAACAUCUCAGCUCGUUGAGGAUGAUCUCAUUAGCUUAUAAUCUCGGUAAGAGCUCGGGCUGGGAUCAGAAAAUGAGAUUGAUCCUUAGAGAGAGUAAUAGGAAUGAUUUGGUUGAACAUUGGUCAACCAAACAAUUAGAUUUGGUCUUAUUGGUGACAAUAAUAAACCGAUACAAUAUCUUGCACAUCAUUUCAACACCUAUCGGUCACCCCAUCGAAUCGCCCGCACCGUUCAUCCCAUCCGACCAUCCCUCUGCAUCCGAAUCGAUCCGAUUGACUGUCUCUCACCUGCAGCAGGAAUCUGAUCUGGUUGAUCGGGUGAGAGAAUUCCUUCAGACGCUGUACGAAGUGGAGUGCGAGGUGGAGAUUGAGCCGGACAGUCUGACCAGAUGUAUAGACCAGGUGACAGAUUACAGGAAACGUAUACAGGAGUUUAGAGAUGGUCUGCAUCCUAGGAAAGAUCUCGUUGGCUAUCAUUCUUUAGAAUUCGAUUCUAGACUCAUUGAAUUUUCACUAAUUAUGAGACUAUCAAUCUUAAAUCAGAAUCUUCCAUCACCAUUCUCACCAGAUCUUAAAUUACGUGGAUUAUCUACGAUAGGUACAAACUAUCUACCCACCAGUUCAGCUCUAAUCGAUAUCUUACUUUCACAAACCAACGGGCUCCCUGUUGGAAUUGGGGGAUUACCAUCAUAUGUGAUCCAAAGUAUAUGCCUAGCGUAUAUCUGUCUAAGAAGAGCAUUAUUUUAUAUUUACUCAAGAAGGAAUUUAAAUCAAAAUGAACAAGUUCAAUAUCAAGCUCAAAUUGAUUUAUUGGCCAGAUCACAAGAUAUACUAUCUUCUUUAGGAGGUAGUCCGGCUUUGUUGGUGGAUUGUACGAAUCAGCAAUUAGGUCAAUUAGGUGAUUUGGGUUCGUUCUUGAUCGACAACAGCAUGACGACGGAGAACAUAAACGCGACAAAUGCGACAAAUAGUCAUAACAAUAGUGUUGUUUCGACAAAUGAUCAUAACUAUAAUCACGAUCAACAUAUUUCAGUUGAUAACAACCAUAACACGUUGGACAUGACACAUGCGCACGCGAACAUACCGAUAGAUUGGUCAACUUGGGAUUGGUCGAAUUUAUUAGUUGAUCCAUUCUCUUUUGAUAUAGGUGUUGGACCAGUAGAAUGA